AUGAAUAAAACAGAUUAUGACACUAAAAUUCAGACAUUACUUACAGACUCCACAUAUGAAAAACUUAAGAAAGACUUUAUUGCUUCACUAAAAACUUUCACCACCAAUCUCAUUAAGAAAAACAAUCUCCCAGACAUGUUAAUACCCAGAAACGCGGUACCACCUAGACUAUAUGGACUACCAAAAAUCCAUAAAAACAACAUACCUCUCAGACCCAUAGUACCAAUCCAUGACACCAUUAACAUAAUUAAAUCUUCAGGUCAACUAUCAUCCGACCUUAUAUCAUUGGUAGAACAUUGCCUGACCACAACCUAUUUCACCUACAAUAACCAAUUCUAUAAACAAAUCGCAGGUGCAGCUAUGGGAUCACCGAUAUCUCCAAUCAUAGCAAACNUAUUUAUGGAACACUUCGAAUCCCAGGCCAUCAAAAAAGCCCCACUAAAGCCACAAACAUGGUACCGAUGUUCUGGUCACAAGAAAACCAGACGGCUCUUUAGGCCACCAAUUCUAUAG